CUGCCGCUGUCCGUGGUGCUGAAGUCAGCUGCGUCGCUGUCUACAAACACCAGGAGCGACACAUCAUUCAGCCCUGCAUUUCACAUCACAGAAAAACUUUCUAACGCGUCUAUAUGAGCUGAAGAUCUUAAUAUAAAAGCCCAGCACCUGAAUACUGACCAAAAGGUAAUUAGUAAUUACAUUACAUUAGUAAUGAUUACUGACCAAUCCGGCUCGGCCACAAACAAAACAAAAAGGGACAUUUGGCUAUUUUACACCGUCUUUGCUGUAUUUAAACCUAAAACAACUACACCAUAAUGUGCGCGGCACUUGCCUUUAGACACCAGUGCCAAACAUUCCUCCUCUAAUUCAGCUUACAUUUUAUAUAUUAAUUUGGUCUUCCUGACAAAUUACGCCUUAAAUGCUUCACAGCAAUUGUUAGGGCGGUUUUCCCCUCCCUGUGUGGAGUCCGUAUGGAUGCGCCAGAGGGGAGCUUUGCGCUCAUAGGGGAGGGACGAGCGAAGUCAAGUUUGGAUCGGAUCGGGAAAGAGCGCACCGGCAGGCGCACCGGCAGAGCGAGACAAACGGCACCAGGGGAGAGACGCACGUUUUCAUUUCACGUUACUUCUUCCAUUCGUCGAUUCAACCGACAGAGUUCCUUCAGAAAAAAGUGAAGAGAAUCCCCAAGCGUCACGGGAGAGAGAUGCAGCCGGCGGCGAGAUGGACUUUGGUGCUUCUUCUCGUGGGUUUGAUGGCGCGAGGUAUGUAGGCUAUAUGCCAGACUGCUUUUCAUCCAAGGCAGAGGACCGGCUGUUCAGGAAACUGUUCAGAAGAUAUAACCAGUUCAUCAGACCGGUGGAGAAUGUCUCUGACCCUGUCACUGUGGAGUUUGAGGUCUCCAUCUCACAGCUGGUCAAAGUUGAUGAGGUGAAUCAGAUCAUGGAAACAAAUUUAUGGCUCAGACAUAUUUGGAAUGACUACAAGCUGCGAUGGAUGCCGGCAGAGUUUGAUGGGAUAGAGUUCAUUAGAGUCCCAUCAAACAAGAUCUGGAGACCCGACAUUGUGCUCUACAACAACGCUGUAGGUGAUUUCCUGGUGGAGGAUAAGACCAAGGCUCUGCUGAAGUUUGAUGGUACCAUCACCUGGGUUCCUCCAGCCAUUUUUAAAUCUUCCUGCCCCAUGGACAUCACCUACUUCCCCUUCGACUAUCAGAACUGCUCCAUGAAGUUUGGCUCCUGGACUUAUGACAAAGCCAAGAUUGACCUGGUACUUAUUGGGUCUAAGGUGAACCUGAAAGACUUCUGGGAGAGUGGUGAAUGGGAAAUCAUUGACGCUCCGGGCUACAAGCAUGAUAUCAAGUACAACUGCUGUGAGGAGAUCUACCCAGACAUCACCUACUCUUUCUACAUCAGGCGCCUGCCACUCUUCUACACCAUCAACCUCAUCAUCCCCUGCCUCCUCAUCUCUUUCCUCACAGUGCUGGUUUUCUAUCUCCCGUCUGACUGUGGAGAGAAGGUCACGCUCUGUAUCUCCGUCCUGCUCUCCCUCACUGUGUUCCUGCUCGUUAUCACGGAGACCAUCCCCUCCACAUCGCUUGUCAUCCCGCUCAUUGGAGAGUAUCUGCUCUUCACAAUGAUCUUCGUCACACUCAGCAUCGUCAUCACUGUGUUCGUGCUGAAUGUACACUACCGUACGCCAAUGACCCACACUAUGCCGGGUUGGGUGCGCUCUGUGUUUCUCAAAGUGUUGCCGAGGAUUAUGCUGAUGCGGAGGCCAAUUGACGAAGACAGCAAGGCUGGGGGGUUGGACAGCAGUGGGGAGGCAGGAGGAGCUGGAGGGGGAGGAGGAGGCGGAGGAGGGAAAGGAGGGAAGAAAAGGAAGAAUAGCUUGAUGCAGCAGGUGGGAGGAGGCUCCCUCAACUGUCUGGAGUUUGGGGACAGUAAGCUCUCGUCUGUGGAGGGCUGCACUGGGAAGAAAUGCCCUUGCCCCUGCCAGCAUGGGAAUGAGACCCCAGAAACACCAGACAUGGGGAAGAUGACGCGUCAGCUGAGUCCCCAAAGCAUCAACACAGUGGUGGCCUUUUCCGUGGUGUCACCUGAGAUCAAACAGGCCAUCGAGAGUGUCAAGUACAUCGCUGAGAACAUGAGGAGUCGCAACAAAGCCAAAGAGGUGGAGGAUGACUGGAAGUACGUUGCCAUGGUGAUCGAUAGAAUCUUCCUCUGGGUGUUUGUGACCGUGUGCGUCUUGGGGACCGUGGGCCUCUUCCUCCAGCCUCUUUGUGGCUUCGUCUCAUAACUGCUAACCGAUCAGGGUUCACCGCCACCCUGUAUCGACCAAUUCCUGAACAAGUGACUAACUCUCAGUUCUCAUUUGACCAAUCAGAAGACAGAGUUUUGAGUCCUAAAGCACUACUUGGUGUGCUGGUUUUGCUUCUUGCCUUUUGCCAAGAGCAGUCAUUUAGAAAUAAUGAGUGUGAGAAAAAAGAGUUUAAAGUUUACAGACUGGCUGGUAAACUGCGUAAACAAUACAAAGCUUGUAAUGCCUUAAUUUUCUGCCUUUUAAGGCAGCUUAUUUUACCUACAAAGUAUUACAAUAGAAUCUACAUAAUACCUAAAAAUAUUGCACUCCGCUUUUGGAGAAACGUCCUGAAAAGCAAGAAGAUAAUGUGAUAUCUACAGUGUGUUUUUUCUUGACAUUAAGAAAAACGUUUUCUGAUUUUGAUUGUAUAGAUCAUAGUUCACAUGAAUUAAAAUUGUAUCUCUGUUUUGCUAGGUUUGUCACAGUAAGUGUGGCAAUAUGUUGUAGAUCCUAGAUAUUACUGAACAGACUGCAGUCUGCCACCAACACAAAGCAGUUAUUGUGUUUUGUCUGUUAGCUCCGUUUUGUAGUGGUUGCAAAUUUUACAUGCUGUCUGUGACCUUAAUUGUAUUUGUAUUUAUGUGAUAAAACAUCAAAAAGUCAGAUUACUGUAUUUUAGACUUUUAGUGUUGAUUCCCACAUGGUUGGAAAGAGCUAUGUUAGAGCUUGGCUGGGAACAAAACUUGGCACAUCCAGUGGUCCUUUAGGACUGGAACCUGAGAAUUAACAUCCAACAGAUUUUGGAGAACUGAGAACUUUCCACAUCCAGUAAACAUGACACAAACUCUCCACCACAUUGAACUCAACCCUGCAGCAGCCAGUUAACUCUCCCCCCAUUGAGCUGACUGAUGACUGUCAUACCGGCUCCCCAGGCUGAUUCAUCAAGCUGCUCACUGUCAGGGCCACUCGCGCACACUGCUUUUUGUGUCAUUUCCAAUUAGAGUUCAGAUUUCUGGCGCAUUUCGCAGCGGUUUUAACAAAUAAGGGCAGGCUGUUCUUCUUUUUGUAAUUGAAACCAUGUGUUUAUAAAUGUUCUCUCUGAUUAAUGUUCCACAAGGUAAUUGGUUGGCCUGGUAAAUAUUGGAUUAAGUGGUACUUGAUUAGUUUCUCCUGAAAUAGCAUUACAUUUAUUAAUUCAUGAGAGGAUUCUAUCAUCCAAUUCCAUGGCUAUUAAUUUAAUCUUUUUUUCUUGUCACUUUUGAUUAAGUUUACUAUCAAGAGCAAACAUGCAAUGCAAGAAACAUGCAUGUCAGAAAUUUGGAUUGCUUUGACCACAAAUAUAUUUUAUUUCAGAUUACAGCACUACAAGAGUACUGCUUCGUUUACGUAUUUUCACGUAUCUCUAUCCUUUUUGGUUAUAUGAUGCAUCAGAAACUUGUGUUGAAGGCAGCACACAUGUUUGUACAAAUGAUCUUUGCCUUUCUUUUGUCUGACUGUCUUUGAACUUAAAAUAAAUGCAAUAUUUCUUCAAAUAAA